UAGUCUGCGAGCGCCGUUUACGUGUUGAUAAUACGUUCCAAAAUACAAACGAAAAACAUUUUUGGGCUGCCACAAAAGCAAAGUGAAUCACAAGUGAAGUGAGCCAAGUGCUGGAAAACCCAAAAAAACACAAAAGAAGCAUACUAAGAACAAAAUUUAAAUUCAAGUAACGCAUUGCUGAAAGAAAAUUUAAAAUUUCCUCGAAUAUCCAAAUAAAAAAAGGAAUUAUUAAAUCGGAAACUAAAACGCGUAGUGAAUUUUGCACCUAAAACGAAAAACGGAUAACGCUUGCAAAUUAAUUUAAUUUUACAACAAAUAAAUAUCUAAAAAAACUCUAACGCAAAAUGGGUUCGCUGCCACAGCUGUCGAUUGUCAAGGGUCACCAACAGGACUACGUGCCCCGUGCGCUGCAUCGCAUCUUCGAGGAGCAGCAGCUGCGACAUGCCGACAAGGUGGCACUGAUCUCUCAGAACCAGGGACUGGCGCCCAGCCAGAGCAGCUAUCGUCAGAUGAACGAGCGUGCGAAUCGUGCCGCACGCCUCCUCGUGGAGGAGACCCAUGGACGCUUCUUGCAACCGAAUAGCGAUGGUGAUUUCAUUGUUGCCGUCUGCAUGCAACCAUCGGAGGCGCUGGUGACCACGCUGCUGGCCAUUUGGAAGGCUGGUGGCGCCUAUUUGCCCAUUGAUCCCAGCUUCCCAGCAAAUCGCAUUCAUCACAUUCUCCUCGAGGCGCGUCCCACGCUGGUACUGCGCGACGAUGACAUCGAUGAGCAACGCUUCCAGGGCACACCGACGCUCUCGGUGACCGAACUCUAUGCCAAGUCGCUGCAGCUGAGCGGCGCCAAUCUGCUGUCGGAAGAGAUGCUGCGCGGUGGCAACGAUCACAUUGCCAUUGUUCUGUAUACGUCGGGCAGCACUGGUGUGCCCAAGGGAGUGCGUCUGCCUCACGAGAACAUCCUCAAUCGCUUGCAGUGGCAAUGGGCCACGUUCCCCUACACUGCGGCCGAGACAGUGGGCGUGUUCAAGACCGCCCUCACCUUUGUGGACUCGAUUGCCGAGCUCUGGGGUCCAUUGAUGUGCGGUCUGGCCAUUCUGGUGGUGCCCAAGGCAGUGACCAAGGAUCCACAGCGUCUCGUUACCUUGCUGGAGAAGUACAAGAUUCGUCGUUUGGUGCUGGUGCCGACUUUGCUCCGUUCCCUGCUCAUGUAUCUGAAGAUGGAGGGCGGCGGUGCGGCCCAGAAGUUGCUCUACAAUCUGCAGAUCUGGGUCUGCUCAGGUGAGCCUCUGGCCGUGCCGCUGGCCAGUAGCUUCUUCGAUUACUUCGAUGAGGGCGUGCAUCGUCUGUACAAUUUCUACGGCUCCACUGAGGUGAUGGGCGAUGUCACCUAUUUUACCUGCGAGAGCAAGAAGCAAUUGAGCAUGUACGACAAUGUGCCCAUUGGCAUUCCUGUGUCCAACACGGUCAUCUAUCUGCUGGAUUCGGACUAUCGCCCAGUGAAGAAUGGCGAGAUUGGUGAGAUCUUUGCCUCAGGCUUGAAUCUGGCUGCUGGCUAUGUGAAUGGACGCGAUCCGGAGCGUUUCCUGGACAAUCCGUUGGCCGUCGAAAAGAAAUACGCUCGUCUGUAUCGCACUGGCGACUUUGGCUCGCUGAAGAACGGCAACAUCAUGUAUGAGGGUCGCACUGACUCGCAGGUCAAGAUUCGCGGUCAUCGCGUGGAUCUGUCCGAGGUGGAGAAGAACGUCGCUGAGCUGCCGCUGGUCGAGAAGGCCAUUGUGCUCUGCUACAAUGCCGGCCAUGUCGAUCAGGCCAUUCUGGCCUUUGUUAAGCUGCGCGACGACUCGCCCAUGGUGACGGAAAUGCAGCUGGAAGGUCGCCUCAAGGACAAGCUGGCCGACUACAUGACACCCCAGGUGAUUAUACUGGAACAUGUGCCACUCUUGGUCAAUGGCAAGGUCGAUCGUCAAGCGCUGCUCAAGACUUACGAGACAGCCAACAACAACGAAGGCGAUUCGAGCAUUGUGCUCGACUUUGAUUACUCCGAGGUGCCAGAAGAGCUCAAGCUGACGGCGCGCGAUCUUUUCGAGACGGUUGGAGGUGUCAUUGGUCGCUCCACGCGCGCCAGUCUCUCGCCCCACAGCAACUUCUAUGAGCUGGGUGGCAAUUCGCUGAACUCCAUAUUCACUGUCACAUUGCUGCGCGAGAAGGGCUACAACAUUAGUAUUUCCGAGUUCAUUGCGGCCAAGAAUCUGGGCGAGAUCAUUGAGAAGAUGUCCGCCAAUCACGAUGCCGUGCAGCUGGAGGAGGAGACGCUUAACGCAUGCCCGCAUCUCAAAAUGGAGGCGGUGGCAUUGCGUCUGGAGCAUCGUCAGGAUGUCAUCGACAUUAUUGUAUCGAGUUUCUACAACAAGGCGGACUUGGAGCAGUGGCUCAAGCCCGGAGUUCUGCGCACGGAUUACAGCGACAUUCUCAACGACAUUUGGACUGCUUUGGUGGAGCGUGAUCUGAGCUUUGUGAUAUACGAUCGGAAUACAGAUCGCAUCAUUGGCACUGCCUUGAACUUUGAUGCACGCAAUGAGCCCGAAGUGGACAUUAAGUCCAAGCUGCUGACUGUCUUUGAGUUCCUCGAAUUCUGCGAGGGUCCCAUACGCGACAACUAUUUGCCCAAGGGUCUGAAUCAAAUACUUCACUCGUUCAUGAUGGGCACCGCCGAGUCGCUGAAUCCGCGCGAGAACAUUGCCUGCAUGCACUACAUGGAGCACGAGGUGUUGCGCGUGGCACGUGAAAAGAAUUUCGCCGGCAUCUUCACCACCAACACGAGUCCACUGACCCAACAGCUGGCCGAUGUCUAUCACUACAAGACGCUGCUCAAUUACCAAGUCAAUGAGUUCGUCAGCGCCGAUGGCAGCCGACCCUUUGGUGAGGCGCCCGAUGAGCAGCGUGCCAUCGUGCACUGGAAGGAGGUGGGCAAAUGAGCGGGGAAGGAGACCAUUUCGUGUCGCCAGAAUCUAUAACGAAUUUAAGACGCACCUGUGUUGUAUGUAACUCGUAGCAUAGUAUGUAGUUAAACGUACCUUCUAGUAUUAGCCUUAGGCAUCGUAUUCGUAUACGUAAACGUAAUUUGUACUCUCGUAUAUAUGUAAUUCCAUCAAUUUAUGUUGACUAGUUGUAAGCUUUCAAAUGCAAUUAAACAAAAUAAUCAACAAUAA